UACAGCACUCACUUCACGGACCUGCUGGAUGAUUUGUCCCAGGAGGCUUUGCUCGGGCAGCUGUUGAGCGACCCGUUUCUGUCGGGCCGUGGAGAUGCGAUGGACACUGAGGAGGAGCUGACCCGUGCGUCUCCAGUGCCACCACACAUCCAGGCUGAACACAGUUACUCUCUGUGCGGAGACUCACGCCCACAGUCGCCGCUCUCUCAUUUGCCUGGAGAACCCGGCAGCGACGCUGCUGAUUCAGAGUCAGACGAGUGGCCAAUGGAGCAGGAGGAUAAAGGAAUAAAGAUGGAGCCUCUACUCUGUGUCCCGCUGCCUGCUCUGACCCUCACAGUGACCCCUGCAGGCUCUGCCCCUGAGCCUGUGAUUGACAGCUGUGAUUCCGCCCAAUCCCUGAGUCUCCCUCAGGUGAAGGAGGACAGCAACAGUCCACAGAUUAAACUGGAGCCCCAUGAAGUCGAUCAGUUCUUGAACCUCUCGCCUAAAGGUCUGGAGUGUCUUCAGAUGCCACCAACUCCUCCCAGCUCAGUGGGAAGUGAUUCGGAGGGCAGUCAGAGUCCCGUUCACCCCUGCGCUCCUGCCAGUCCCACACAGACCCCCGCUGUCCUCAAGGUGGCGCCGCGAGCCCCUUCAUCUCUGUCCAGCUCUCCCCUGCUGACCGCUCCACAUAAACUGCAGGGCUCUGGUCCCCUUUUAUUGACCGAGGAGGAGAAAAGGACCCUCAUUGCUGAAGGAUACCCCGUGCCCACCAAACUGCCCCUGUCCAAGGCUGAGGAGAAAGCACUGAAGAAGAUCCGCAGAAAGAUCAAGAACAAGAUUUCAGCACAGGAGAGUCGCAGGAAAAAGAAAGAGUAUGUGGAUGCCUUAGAGAAGAAGGUGGAGACGUGCUCUAACGAGAACCACGAGUUACGCAGGAAAGUGGAAAACCUGGAGUGCACUAACAAGUCUCUGCUGCAGCAGCUGCACUCUCUGCAGGCGGUGGUGGCAGGAAAGGUCCCGCGGUCCUGCAGGGUGACGGGCACCCAGACCUCCACGUGCCUCAUGGUGGUGGUUCUGUGUUUUUCGCUCUUCUUGGGGAGCUUCUAUCCAGGCCUGAGCCCAUGCUCCUCCAUCACCAAAGCAGAUCUGAGCAGAGAGAUCUCCAUACACGACUCCUACACCACCACAGUGAAGUCCCGGAGCCUGUUGUCCAUUCAGGAGCCCGGGGGUCUGGACGAGCCUCACCCCAUCGGUCUGGGAGGUGAAUAUCCAGAAUGGGAUCGUCAGGCUGACGUAAUGGCAGCCUGGCGCUUCGAGCAGCAGCACAAGGAAGAAGAGGCGGAGCUACACAAAGCAGAGCACCGCCCACUUUUACUCAGCACCAAUGAAACACAUGCGCAAAAAGCCAUUCUCAUAGACCUCCACACGCACAGGUCAAAUGAGACAGCAAAAGUCAUACAGUUGGACAGGACUGUCAACGAGACGUCAUGAGAUUAAGAUCUACUGCGCUGGGGCGAUAGGCUCUGUAUUUAUAGACAUGCUUUAUAAAAGAUAGUUCACCUCAAAAAGUUAAAAUGCAGAGGAGAAUAUUUACAAAAUGUUUAUGAUGGAAACCAGCAGCCAUUGACUUCUAUUGUAAAAAUGCUAUUGUACUUAAUAGCUAGCAAAUUCUAACAUUCUUCAGUAUGUUUCUUUUUUUUUUACGUUCAACAGAAACUCGAACACAAGUAUAAUCAAUAAAUGAGUCGUUUUUGGGUGAACUAUCUCUUUAAUUAUUAUUUUACUUAGUCCUUUUUUAUUUAAUAAACCAGAAAAAUAAAUAGAGCUGGGCAAAGAUUAAUUGCAUCCAAAAUGAAAGUUUGUUUUGACUUAAUAUAUGCGUGUGCUAGGUAUAUAUUUGAGAAUUUUUAAAAAUGUUAAUUUUACAGUGGAUGAGAGAGCUUAACGUGCUGCAAUUUAAGAAAGUAGAUGCACUUACAAAUAAUGCUAGCAAAUUAAGAAAAGUUCAUUGGUUUGACAGCACACGUGCCGCAAAUCCUCACAAUGCAUAUAGACAUAAAAAAAGUGCUGCGUGUUCUCACAACGCAGACAAAUGAAGUAAACACGCUACAAAUUUUCACAACGCAAACAAAUUAAUAAAAUGUGCUACAUUUCCUCACAACACAAACAAAUCAAGAAAAUGCGCUACAUCUUCGCACAACACAAACUAAUUAAGAAAAUGCUCUGCACUCUCGCAACGCAAACAAAUUAAGAAAACGCGCUACAUUUUUUCUCAAGGCAAACAAAUGAAGUAAAGGCACUACAUUUUCUCACAACGCAAACUAAAUAAACGUGCUACAAUUUUUUACAACGCAAACAAAUUAAUAAAACAGCUACAUUGUCUUGCAACGCAAACAAAUGAAGAAAAUUUGCUACAUUUUCUCACAACGCAAACAAAUCAGGAAAGCGUGCUACAUCUUCACACAAUGCGAACAAAUUAAGAAAACGCACUGCAUUUUUUCACAACGCAAACUAAUUAAAAAAAUGUCUGCACUUUCUCUAAACGCAAAAAAAUUAAGAAAGCGUGCAACAUUUUCUCAAAACGCAAACAAAUGAAGAAAACACUACAUUUUCACAAAACGCAAACUAAUUAAAAAAGGUCUGCACUUUCUCAAAACGCAAACAAACUAAGAAAACGUGCUACAUUUUUUCACAAGGCAAACAAAUUUAAAAAUGCUCUGCAUUUUCUCACAACACAAACAAAUGAAGAAAACGCGCUACAUUUUGUCAAAAUGCAAACAAAUGUAAAAAAUGUCUGCACUUUCUCAAAACACAAACAAAUGAAGAAAACGCGCUACAUUUUUUCACAACGCAAACAAAUUGUAAAACGGUACAUUUUCUCACAGCACAAACAAAUUAAGAAAACGCUAUAUUUUCUCAAAAUGCAAUCACAUUGCAAAAAUGCAAAUAUGUUUUCACACAACGCAAACAAAGUAAGAAAACGCUGACUUUUUCCACAACACAAACAAAUUACGAAAAAGCGAUGCAUUUUCACACAACGCAAACAAUUUAAGAAAAUGCGCUACAUUUUCUCUCACAUUUUAUUUGUUUGUGUUGUGGGAAAAUUGAUUAAGAUUAAUUUAAAUUAAAAUUUUAAAUUUAAUUGAAAAUUAAUUGCUAUUCUUAAUUUGCUAGUGUUUUUGUAAUUGCAUAUGUUUUUCUAAAUUGCAGCACAUUAAGCCUUACCAGCCACGGUAUAAAUGGAUAUAAAAUAUAUAUGUAUAUGAUACAAAUUAUAUGUUAACGGAAAAUAUCUAUGCAACAAAACAGUAUUGAUUGUAUGUAUGUUUGUCAAUCACAUAUACAUAACAAAUAUAUAUAAUUCACACACAUUAAAACAAUUAUUGUAUUGUAUUAAAACAAACUUCUAUUUUGGAUGUGAUUAAUUACGACUAAUCUUUGCCCAGCACAAAAAAAAAAGACAAAUAUAUUUUUACUCCAUUCCAUAGUCCAUUUUGAUACUUCAUAUACACUGUUCUUUUUAUAUAUUAACAUAUACCUUGAUUUAUUUCUUUUAAGGUUUUCAUUAUUUUUAAUUAUUUGCCUGUUUGCCCCAUGCUACUGAGGAUAUGUGUGGUAAUAUAUGAAAUCUGUCUGUCGUAUGUAGCAUGUCAAUCAAAAUCCAAAGAUGAAAACAAUUGGCUAAAAGCCCUCUGUUUACAGUACAAACUUGUCUGAAUAUGUAAAUAUUUGCGCCGUUGUAAGUAUGUUGGGAGAGAAACGAAUUGUGUGAUUGAGAUGUUGGUCAAAAAAGAGCCACAAUAUGGACGUGACAUGAAAAGGAACGGAUGCUCUCCAGCCCGCGCUCCCUUUUUUAUUCGGUUUAAGGUCUUUAAAGGACAGAUGGCCCUUUUUGUCCUCAUCUGGCCACCAUCCAAACCCCCGUCUGCGCUCUUUUGGGAGUAAAAGACGCUCGCUGAAAAAUCUGGUGUUCGCUGGGCCAGAUAUGAACGCUUUUGACAAGCCAUGUGCAUCCCAACUCACUUGCACUGCGUCCCCCAUUGAACUGUUAUUUAUUACUUCUUUUUUUUUUUAAGCAUGCCUGCAAUACUUCUUCAGUCCUGCAAACAAGAGCAUUUUGAAGGAGGUGGAUUGGUCCUGAUGUGACACAUUUGUCAGUGUUUAAUGAUGUGUUUUUUGCUCUUAUAAGAUGCAGUGUGUCUUAAUUACGUUACAUUUUCAUUGCGUCACAGUUUCGGGCUCUUAAAAUGAUCUUCCUGAAAUCACUCUGCCUUGUUUUGUUUUUUUUUGUCCUGUUUUCUGCAAAGCAAAUAAAUAUUUUCCUUAGUAAAAGCAUUGUAAAUCACGUCUCCGAGCUGUCAUUUUGAUGCUUUUUCUACAUUGUUAUUUUAAUUUAGCCAAAUUAACAUGAUUAGCAGCCAUACGUAUUCAUUUUAUGUUACCUGUAUGAGUGAUUUUUAACUCUAAAAGUGAAUUGCAUUCAAGCUCAAAUAAAUUUUUAACAUUCUGCUGGAGUAAAUCUCCUUUCCUAGCUAUAUUUUAAUGCGUCUUCUACAUUAUUAUUUAAAUUUAUCCAUAUUUACAUGAUUAGGAGUCAUAUGUCUUAAUUUUAUGUUGCCUGCAUGGGUUUUUUUAGCUCUAAAAGUGAAUUAUUUGAGCUAAAAAAAAAAAUCUUUUAACAUACUUCUGGAGUAAAUCAUAUCUCCGAGCUGUCAUUUCAAUGCUUCUUAAACUGUAUUAUUUUAAUUUAGCCAUAUUUACAUGAUUUAGAGUCAUACGUAUUCAUUUUAUAUUACCUGUAUGUUGUUUUUAACUUUAAAAGUGAUAUACAUUUGAGCUGAACAAAAUCUUUAAUGUUUUGCUGGAGUAAAUCACAUCUCCUAGCUGUCGUUUUUGAUACUUCUUCUACAAUAGUAUUUAACUUUAGCUGUAUUUACAUGAUUGAAGUCAUGUGUAUUAAUUUUAUGUUGCGUGUAUGUUGUUUUUAUUAACUCUAAAAGUGAAUUAUUUUAACUAAACUUUUUUUUUACUGUUCUGCUGGAGUAAAUCACAUCUCUUUGCUGUUAUUUUGAUGCUUUUUCUACAUUGUUAUUUUAUUUUAUCCAUAUUUACAUGAUUAGGAGUCAUACGUAUUAAUUUUAUGUUGCCUGCAUGGGUUUUUUAGCUCUAAAAGUGAAUUAUUUGAGCUAAAAAAAAGAUCUUUUAACGUACUUCUGGAGUAAAUCAUAUCUCCGAGCUGUCAUUUCAAUGCUUCUUAAACUGUAUUAUUUUAAUUUAGCCAUAUUUACAUGAUUUAGAGUCAUACGUAUUCAUUUUAUAUUACCUGUAUGUUGUUUUUAACUUUAAAAGUGAUAUACAUUUGAGCUGAACAAAAUCUUUAAUGUUUUGCUGGAGUAAAUCACAUCUCCUAGCUGUCGUUUUUGAUACUUCUUCUACAUUAGUAUUUAACUUUAGCUGUAUUUACAUGAUUAAAGUCAUGUGUAUUAAUUUUAUGUUGCGUGUAUGUUGUUUUUUUUAACUCUAAAAGUGAAUUAUUUUAACUAAACUUUUUUUUACUGUUCUGCUGGAGUAAAUCACAUCUCUUUGCUAUUAUUUUGAUGCUUUUUCUACAUUGUUAUUUUAUUUUAUCCAUAUUUACAUGAUUAGGAGUCAUACGUAUUAAUUUUAUGUUGCCUGCAUGGGUUUUUUAGCUCUAAAAGUGAAUUAUUUGAGCUAAAAAAAAGAUCUUUUAACGUACUUCUGGAGUAAAUCAUAUCUCCGAGCUGUCAUUUCAAUGCUUCUUAAACUGUAUUAUUUUAAUUUAGCCAUAUUUACAUGAUUUAGAGUCAUACGUAUUCAUUUUAUAUUACCUGUAUGUUGUUUUUAACUUUAAAAGUGAUAUACAUUUGAGCUGAACAAAAUCUUUAAUGUUUUGCUGGAGUAAAUCACAUCUCCUAGCUGUCGUUUUUCUAUACUUCUUCUACAUUAGUAUUUAACUUUAGCUGUAUUUACAUGAUUAAAGUCAUGUGUAUUAAUUUUA